AUGAAUCGAGCAGCCCAGCUUGAUAAAUGUUUCAACAACAUUCUCAGAGGCAAAGUCCCUGCCGAUGCACGAAGCUACCCUCUCUUAUUGGAAGUGAUUUGUACACAGCAAGACCCUGCGACCUGCAUCAACAAAAUCGUAGAGAGCUCCCAUGGCUCAAACGCAGUUCAGGCUGCCAUGCGUCACAAUACCAGUUCCCAAUUCCUCAAUGACACUGCAACCAAGCUUCUGUUAUAUCUCUUCCGAGCACCGAACCUCGGUGAUGUCUUGGAUCACUUGCUCACCGCCAUCGUUGAUCCCCCAAUUUUUUGGAGUGCCUUCAGCCAAGCAUUCGAUCAAGGUGAGCUCAAUGAGCCAGCCCAGGAAGCAUUCGCGGUGCUCCUCCUUCGCCUCAUGUCCCUCACUAUGGGGAAUACGUCAUCAUACCGUGAUGUCGCAAAGAAGCCUAGUACCCUUACGAGGCUUCUCAAUUCAUCGCAACAGACCGUCAAAGACAUUGGCUACUGCAUCGAAGAUAUUCUUUCCACCUUCAAUUCUGGUGCACCUACCGCUGCAGUCGGUGGACCUGGUGGUCGGCAUGAUAACGAUUUUGUCGACUUCAGGGAGAUCUCCAUUCUUCCAACUGCAGACAAGAUCCUCUGCCAGCAGCUUCCUUUCAGUCGCCCAAGCAGUGUAUUGGAGGAUCCUGAUGGCGAAGAAACUCGUACAGCUGACUACCUGGAUAACACCUUCCACUUGCUGCGUGAAGAGAUGCUACAUGAGAUGAGAGAAGAACUCCAGCCCGCUUUAGGGAAGAAGAAAGGGCGUCAUCGUGGGCUCAUCAUUGAUGAUGUCACACUCGAGGGUGUUUACAGUGGUACAGAUGAUAGAAAGACUCGGUGGGGCAUCAAGCUCAAAUGCAAAGACGAUUUCAAGUCGAUGAAGAAUGUCCCCGACAAGCAGCGCAAGCAUUACCUCGAGAAAGAUCCUGUGGGUGUCAAAAUUCUCAAACAUCAGUCUCUCGUUUGCGUACUUUCGGGAAAUCAAAUUCUUAGUCUCGCGACGGUUCAUCGUGUCGAGGCACUGCUUGCGCAGAAGCCACCUGUUUCAUCCGAUCCCAUUCGGCUCAUCCAGAUCGACACUGCAAUUUUUGCCUUCGAUCCGGUCUUGAAGGCUCUGCAGAACACCCAGUUCAUUCUGCUUUCAGAGGAGCUCCUGUUCUGGAAGGACGGGAACCUUAUCGGCAGCGCCUCGGUGACUGCGACUGAGAUCACACGACCCCUCGCUAUGAAUCCCUCUGCAUCACUUCUGGCAGGACUCACGCAGAGGCUUUCCCUCAUCCAGGGCCCUCCAGGAACUGGGAAGUCAUUCAUUGGCGCGCUGCUUGCGAAGGCUAUCCACGAUCACACCGAACAGAAAAUUCUUGUAGUCUGCUACACGAACCACGCCCUGGAUCAAUUCCUGGAAGAUCUCAUGAAGAUCGGUAUCCCUGACACUCACAUUGCCCGUCUCGGUGGCAGAGCAAACGCACAGGUCGCCCAUCUUGGCGUUGCGGGGAAGAAAGAGCAUGUCACCCGAUCGAAAGCUGAUUGGACUAUCAUCGACAACCUGAAGAAUUCAUCGGGAUUUCACUGCGACUCUCUAGAGGACGCCAUGGACAGGUUCAUAGCCUCCAAGAUUGACUUCAAGGACGUCCUCAUGUACAUCGACAAGAAGGGCAAACCAGUCGACGCUGAAGAACUCAUCUUUCAGUGGUCCAGAGGAUUUGGCGCUGGGCAGUUCAAAGACGAGCCCAACAUACGUCAGGCGGCUGAUAUCUGGGGUAUGCCUCCAGAUGCUCGUCAGAAGAUGUUGGAGCAAUGGAAGUCGGAGAUACGCAAAACCAUCCUCGAAGAGAUUUGCACACUUGGCAAGAACUACAAUGAAUGUCAAGAUCAACUGACACGCAAAUUCAGAGAAGGGAUGGUCGCAACCCUCAUGGGGAAUAGAAUCAUUGGAUGCACAAUGACUGGAGCAGCCAAGUUCGCACAAGACAUUCUUGAGGAGGCUGGUGAGAUUCUCGAAAGUCACGUCCUCACUGCGAUGGGUGAGAGUACCAGUCAGAUGAUUCUCAUUGGCGAUCACAAGCAGCUGCGUCCCAAAGUCAACAACUACAAGCUGACUGUUGAAAAGGGCGAUGGAUUUGAACUCAACAGAUCACUAUUCGAGCGCCUGGUUCUCAGAGGCUUCCCUCAUGAAAACUCUGACAGCCCAACACCGAAGCUCACGUACCCCGACCUCACCGAUGCUGCCAAGACCCAGGGCCAUGAUGACAUUCGCGGGAUCCAGAACAACUUCAUCUUCAUCGACCACACCCAUCCCGAGGAUAACGACCCUCGUAUUGCCAACCGAGGCGACGGGGCCUCGUCGUUGUCAAAACAAAACACCUAUGAAGUUGAAAUGGUUUGGAAGAUCGUACGCUAUCUCGCCCAGCAAGGCUAUGGGACGGACAAGCUGGUCGUUUUCACACCAUAUCUUGGGCAGCUCUCAAUGCUUCGAGAUGUUCUGAAGAGGGACAAUGACCCUGUGCUCAAUGUGUUAUGCUGA